GUAUUAUAUACAUAAAGCUUUUAAUCCGCCAAAAAAACGUUUUACUCAUCUACGCAAAGAAACUUUGAGAGUGAGUAAAAUUUGUCAUGAUUUCGUAAUUAUCUUCAAUAUCAAAUCAUUAUUAUUUUUCUUAUUUUUUAAUUUUCUUCUCUCUUUUUUUUUUAGUUAAAAUAUAUCUGGUCCUAUGAAAAAAUUCCAACCAAAUGUCAUAUUCAGCAAGAACUUAAUACGUUAUAUAAAGAAGCCUUCAAUUAUAUUAAAAAUAAUGAAAAUUUAUCGGAAGCUUCUAAAUUGAUUACAAAAAUGUUGAAACACGAUCCUAGAUCUCAUAAGAUUUACGCUUUGAGAGGGACUAUUUUCAAACUUCAAGGUACGAGUAUUAAUCGAAAAAAAAAAAUAAAUGUUAAAAAAGAUGUUCUAAGUUCAGCAUUUUAAGGAAAAUGGACUAAAGCGAUCAAUAAUUAUGAGAUCGCACGAUUAAUGUUUAAAUUGGCGAACAUGCCGAGUUAUGAAGAAGUCGAUAUUCAUUAUAUCAAAUCGUUGAUUAAAUGCUAUAAAGCCAGAGGAGAUUGUUAUUAUGAGCAUGAAUUAUUUUUGCAAGCGGCUAGUGAUUACGAACGUAUCAUAGCAUUGAAGCCUUCUGAUACAUCGAUCAUCGAUGUAGAAGUAACUAAUAUACUCUUGUAGCUAAUUUAUUUUCGUGUUUACAUUAUCAACCCCUUGAUAUACAAAAAAAAAAAAAAAAAAAGAAAAAAAGGAAAAAAAAAGAGAGCAUAAAUAGAGCAUCUUGAACAUUUUAAACAAAACAGAAUCGACACAUGAGUGAAAUAAUUGAAUAAUUUAAUAAUGUACUAUACGGCGUCCACCGAAGACCGUUCCUGACGUCUCGCAGACGUCAAAGUCUACAAUGACACAUGAAAUGAAUGACGUCUCCCAGACGUCAUUGUAUGUCAAGGGGUUAAAAGAUAAUUUAUUACAAAAUAACGAUUUUUCUUUUUAUAUAAGAAUAAGCUUUUGAGAACGAUGAAAAAUUUAAAUAAGUAUGAAGCUUUUUGCUUAUACUGGUACGAAUUCAUGAAAAAUUCAAAUGCGAUGAGACUCUCUGAUCUUUUAACAAUCCACGCAAAAUAUAAAUUUUUCUUGAGAGACAUCGAAUUGACACGUGAAUUUCUUCUGGAAGCUCUCAUUUUAAAUGAGAAUAAUAAGGAAGCUCAAAAACUUCUACAGGUAUUCCUUAGUUACUAGAAAAAUAAAUUAAAUCCUUUAUAAUCUAAUUUUGUUAAUAUUUAUAUAAAAAACGAUAUAAUUAAACAAUUAUAGUAUUACUUAUAUUAACAUAUUACUCUACGAAGUAUAACGUAUAUAUUUAAAAAAAAACAAAAGUAUUAAAAGUAUAGAUAUGAAGUAAAAAUUAAUUUUCUGACGAUAAAAUGAAAUCAAACUCAAAGAAAAAAAAAAUAUACCGAUACGAACGUAUUUUUACGAACAUGAUUUUUUUAUUAAUUAUAUAUUUUAUGAAAAUACAUUGUGUAAUUUAAAAGUUACAUAGCAUUAGAGAGAGUUAAUAUAAAUUUCAAUAAAUAAUUAUUAAUUUGUACUAUAUAUAACAGAAGAUAUACGAACUUGGCCAUACAAUGGCAAUACAUGCAAUAAUGUGGUGCAUGCAUCGUUGUUAUGACAAAGCUUUAUACACGAUUCAAAAAGUCAGUAAUUACGAUCCAUUCAAUCUUGAAUAUAUUUUAUUAAAAGUGAUUAUAUUACGAUUGUCCGGACGAUUUAAGGAAGCUUUAGCGUGUUUAGGAAAAAUAAAGAAUAUACUGGAAAAAAAGAUCGAUUCGCCACUUGAAAUUAUAGAUUCGCUGAUUGUUCCUUUGCUUACCAUGACAGACAUAAAGAAACAAAUAAGAAAACAAUUUUUAUUGAUACGAUAUAACGACGCGAUACAGAAUAAAGUCAAAGAAAGAAAAACGAAAAGUGCACGAAAUUAAAACAGAAAAAAGGGAAAACAAAAAAUAAUAGGAAAAAUAUAAAAGUAAACUUGAAGAACAUAAAAAUUUAUUAAUAAAUUAUCUACAAUCCGUUGUUUUAUCAUACGGCUUUAAGCUUUUAAAUUUUUGAUAAUACGUGAUAUGAAAUACUACAUUGAUGUAUGAUAUAUAUUUCACUUUUUUAAUAACAAUCAUUUUCGGAUGAUAAAAUUUAAUAUAAAAUGUUUUCGUGACCUUUUAUCAAGUGUUAACAAUUGCGGAAAGAAAUUAUCAUUUACCCGUUUGAUUCACAACUUAACUCUACCCAAUACUUUCAUCGAAUACUUCGUCAUUUUUAACAUAAAUGUUUAAGAAAUCUGCUGUCAUUGGGAUAUAUUUCUAAAAACAAAACGGUAUCGGUCUCGUGCAAAACAUAGUGUAAGAUUCUUAACAAACUGCAUCAUACAAAAACGAGAAUACAACAUCUACCGGAAUGUGAUUGCGACGACCUUCUUAAUCUUGGGCCACAUUUUAAGACAAUAUAAAAGACGCCGAAGCUUCAAGAAAAUUCAGUUUUUUACUUCAGUUUUCUUACCGUGAAUGUAUAACUUCGUAGCAUUUAAACGAGGAAUCAUCAUUUCUCAAUAAGAACCCAAGUAACAGAAAAUAUAUUAAUUUUAUUAAAAAUGGAGUGGAGUGGUUUAGACAAAGUAGCUGUCGUAACUGGUGCCAGUUCUGGUAUUGGCAAAGCCAUUGUUGAAUUACUUGUCUUAAAAGGUUUGAAAGUCAUUGGGCUCGUUCGUCAAAUAGAUGAACUCAACGCACUCGCCGAAGAAUUGAAAUCGAAGCCAGGCAAAUUAUUACCUCUUCAAUGCGAUCUAACGAAUCAAAAUGAAGUCAUGAAAACGAUAGAAUGGAUUGAAAAAAAUGUAGGUUUUGCUAACAUAUUGGUAAAUAACGCAGCAUUGAAUCUUGGCACUGGUUUUUUUACUGGUGAAGUAGAAGAUUGGAAGAAAAUAUUUGAUCUUAAUAUUCUUGGUCUUACAUGCAUUACAAAGGAGAUUUUAAAGUUGAUGAAAAAAAAAGGUAUCGACAAUGGCUGUAUCGUAAACGUAAACGACACAUUUGGAUUGAAAAUUCCAAUGAAUCCUGAACGUCCAGCUUCUCCUGCUUAUAUAUGCAGUAAAUUUGCGCUUACAGCGUUGACGGAGUGUCUUCGUUUAGAAUUGGCACAGCUCGAGUCUAACAUCAAAGUCAUUUCUAUUUGUCCAGGAUUAGUUGAAACCAAAAUGACUCAACAAUGGUUAAAGGAAAAUCCACGUUUGGCUUUGCAACCCAAAGACGUUGCUGAUGCUGUUCUUUUCACAUUGCAAACACCAGAAAAUGUUCUCGUGAAGGAUCUUAUUAUUACACCUCUUCGCGAAAUUUAAGCUCUACAAAUUUCUGUGCUGGAAAAAUGUAGUAAAAAUAAAUAAAAAAGGAAUACGACAAUAAAAACUUGGACCAACUAUACAAGAUGGGGGUUAUUCAUGGAUUAUUUUAAUUGGU